GUAGUUGUAAUACAUAACAAUUUGCCCAGUGUUCGCCAAGAACAACAUUGGGGACGAAGGUGCGGCGCAUCCUUUGCCGGGAAAGCUCAGGAGAAUGGCGCCUCGUGGCAGGGCAGGCUGGGCAGCUCUUUGUGCUCAUCCCACAUAUGGAUUCUUGUGUAAAGCCACUCAGGCACCUCCUUAAACACUGUACAGCAUCCUGAAGUGACCUAGCACAGCUCUGCUGGACGAUAACUGUCCAUGGCGCCUGGGGAACACCCCGAGCUAUUGCAGAAAAUUCACUGUACAGCAAGCCGCGGACGACAGCAGCUUCAAGAAAUUAUACGAAUAGUAAGAGAACUUUUCGUCAAGCUGGGAUACAGUGAAGGAGAGGAUGUCACUCGCCAAGCAAGUCUACAGACCGAGUACGCGGCUGCCAUGAGGGCACUUCGCGCAACGUUAUCGGAGUGCUGCUCUCUGUCAGAGGAGGUCGAGCGCCUUGGAGACCCGCAAGGGGCUUCGACCACGACGGCACCGAUGGAGAGCCGCGACGCACCCGCGGAGGCGCCCGGCGCCCUGCUGCAGGCGGAGCUGUGCCUCAAGAACGAGGCGCUCAAGCAGCUAAUAGACCAGCUGCGGCAGAUGCUGGAAUCCAUGUGCAUGUGGGAGAGCCACAAGUAUCAGCUGGACCGAAUACGGCAGGUGGAGGGGUCGGUGUGAGGGGGUGUGGUCUCGGCCGAGCUUGCGUGGUGUGCGGGGAUCAAUGAACCCACCACGGGGGCUCGAUGGUGCGUUGGUCAUGGCAGUCAUGCAUCACCUCGCACAUGCAGGGUUUGCGUGCACUGGGUUUCGGACAGAAUCGGAUUCAGUGGCUGCCGUCAGCCGACGCCAAGCCUCCUGGGACUGUGCGUGCCCGCCCGGCCCGCCGAGUCCACUUCGCCUUGACUGACCACGCACAUACCUACGCACAUAGAUUCAGUGCAUGAUGCGCAGUCAAGCGCAAGUACAACCCAUGAGAUACUUGUGCUUGGUAUCUUGGGAAUGUGGUGUUCUAAUUGUUGGCGUCUUCAUGGACUCUUCAUGGCAGGCACGGAGGUGUCAACGUGAGGUGUAACCCUGAGCGUGCAAUCCUUCCUAUGUUUGCACUCAUGCGGUUUACUGUGGUAUAGCAAAGCCCCAGAAGUAUUUACUGCUCCGUAGGUAGUUAUUGAUGUUAAGUACCGUAUUGACGCUGCUAGCCUUGGGUGACUGGCGACGGGGGGGGGCCCGGGCACGGUGGCGACCAAGGGUGCAACCCCUAGUUACAACCAUGGCGGCAUUGGGAGUGUGUGCAUGCAACCUGCGUUGAAGGGUGUUCCGAUGCGUGUGGGGGCUUAUUGCGAUGCCUUCUGAGUUACGGCUAUCAAGGUCCUAUGGCCUACGGGGCUGCAGCUGUGUGAGACUGUGAGAGCCUGAAUGCCGGAGGCAUGCGGGUUAGCUGUCCAUGCGACACACCUAGCUGUUGCCUGCUGUUUUCUGCGCUGCUGACUAAGCAGCUUCAUGUCAGUAGGUUAAGGGACAUUCCACGAUCAUGGCUCAAGCUUUUGGAAGGAGCAUCAGCGCCACGAGUUAAGGCUUAACGUCUCGUCACAGCGGGCGCAGUUGCAAAAGCGCGGAACGUUUUGGGGCUGUUUGGGAGGUGUGGGGCGUAACAGGUUCAUACAACGAGGUGGAUGAGUGUAUAGUACUUGAAGUGGAAACCCUGGGAACUGCAGGAGGCUGCUGGUGGAACGUCAAUGGGGGGGGGGGGGGGCUGUGCGCGUUCAGGGGUACACGGCCAGUCUUGGGAUGGCUGGACCGGUGGCGAGGGUACCAUUGCGGAAACCUGGCGGGUCGUGUAACUUGCAACCCGU